GUGCUGACAUAAUUUACCGCCGAUUGUUAUUAAGAGGAUGUAUCGUAGACCACAAUUUGACAGACUCAAUCCUCGUAAUGUUCUCCCAAGUCGACACACUUUGUUUAUUAGAGGACUUCCAGGAACAACAGAUGUAACUAAAGUGAAGGACUUUUUCUGUAAUGAAACUAAUUCCAGGUGCUCUGUAGAAUUUUUCUCUACUUCAGAGGAUAAAAAGAGAUUCUCAGUAGCUAUACGAUUCAAGUCACACGAGAUUGCCAGCGAAAUGCUCCGUCGACACAAUGGUAAAACAAUGUUUGGUUAUCCUGUAGAGCUUACUUGGUUCAAGGAUCUCAAAAAAGCCAGGGCAAAGAUGUACGAGGAGCGGCGUCAGGUUAGGCGCUUUCCUCCAAAUCAGCGCGGCUUUCGGGGCCUGGAUAAGAGUAUUCCAUCCCCUGGGAACUAUGGUGAUGCUAGAAGGAUUCGGACGGGUUCAUCCUCCUCUGGUGGUCGAGGGUAUAGAGAAAACGGUAGAGAUCGUAGAAGUAUGGACCGCAGAAGUGCAGAUCAUAGGAGCCCAGAUCGCAGAAGCACAGACAGGAGAAGCACAGAUCGAAGAAGCGCAGAACGUAGUACAGACCGAAGAAGUACGGAACGAAGGAGUGUAUCAAGAAGUCGGUCAUUCACGGGGUCAUCGUCCAGAAGCGCUAGUAAUUCGCGCGGAUCCCAGUCAAGAUCAAUGUCUCGUGCAAGACAUUCCUUGCCUUCAAAUCCUGGUGAUUCAAUGCAUGCAAGUGAAUCUGAAUUUAAUGGUCGCAUGUACGACGAUCGACGUUCAUCACGCAAUCGCUCUCGCCAUUCUCAUGAUCGAAGUAGUAGCAGUAGUCGGUCUUCAGAGGGGCGAAAGCGUCAAGGUUCAUCCAAACGUCGCUCGUCGAAUAGAAAUAAUGGGCAAUAUGAUCAAAGCGCAGAUGAAAACUCAUCUCCGGACUAUCAGAUACGAAGAAAUGAAGUUUCAAGAUCACCCUCAAUGAGCGAACGAAACAUUGCUUUCUCCAAUGCUCCUGCCCCCAAUCCGGAGGAUGGAUCUUCUCUGGGUUUUGAACAGACAUCUGUCCGAGGCAACAGUUUUUCCAGGAGGGCCCGGCACUCAUCAGAAAAUUCAUCUUCAGGUGCUUCAGUUGCCAGUUCCAAUGGUGCUUUUGAUUCUCCGAGAAAUCGCAGUGGACGCAAACGAAUGCAUUCAAUUUCACCUUAUAAUGAUCGUAAUCGUAACAUGAAAUCUAAGACUGAAGCUGAUGAUGAGAAAAACCAGUCUGCAGUUGAGUCUCAAAAACGUAGGAAAACAAAGAAUAUUCACUCACCAGCCAACAAUAACACAGAAUCUCCUGAGCCGCCCCAUACGCGUAGCAAAACCCAGCGAAACAGUCUUCAAAAAACUUCAGGAGCUGAAAACUCAACAACCGCCCGUCAAGCAAACGCCAAUCGGAAACAACGAUCAAGUGUCAUUAAAGCAAAUCAAAAGUCCUCAACUAAAAAUUCGUCUCCGCCAAUUGAAAAAAGUACUUCGAAAAAUAGCCACAAUUCGCGACGCUCUGAUACUGCACGUUCUCCACUGUCUGUAGCGUCGCGUGCAACCAAGCGUUGGCGAACUCCAGAAGAUGAAGUUAACGAUGAUAACUCACAUAAAGAGGAAAAAUGGCCUUCAGCUAUCAGUAAAUCGGCUAAGCUAAAGAAAAAGUCUGUCAUUUCAUCGGCUAAUAAUUCUAGCGAUAAUGAGCACUCUGAUACUUCAAAAUUUGAUGGUAGUCAAGUGACGAUGUCAAGAAAUAGCAAUAUUAAAGCAAAAGAAUCCUCGAAACCUUUACUUAAAAAGUCCAAUUGCUCGUCCUCAAACAGUAAGUUAAAUUGAUCUUUUGUUGUUAGUUUUUCCCACAUCUUGAAUUGUAGUAUAAGGGCCACAAUAACCUACCGGAUUCUUUGUUGAAUUACAAAAACAUUGUGAAGUCGUUUGGCUAUUUUGUUGUUUUCCCAUGUAUCAUUUUUUCGUACAAAACCUUGGAUUUUCCAAAAUUCGGUUUCUCAUUAUUUAAGAUAACUUGAAACCUAGACAUCACUUCCUGAAAUGUAAUACUUGCCAUCUCAUCUCAAGUCUUAAGUUUCUUUUCGUCAGUAGGAAAAGUGAAACAAUUUGAUUCUUGUUUCCAAAUGAUAUACGCAGUCAUCUACUUUGAUGUUUACCUGAUUUGCUGAUUGAUGACAUCGAUUAAAUUCUUCCAGUCACUCAAACGCUAGUUUUUUCGAUGUUUUUAAUGAUAACUGACUACAUGUAGAAAUAGCCAUUAUUUCAAAACUUGCAAUAUGGUUAUUAACUUUGUUAAAACAAUGUGACAUCGAUUUAGCGAUUGUCGACAUUUUAAAUGUCCAUUCAUACCAUUUUGAGCACGAACAAUUACUGAGUCUAUUAUUAAUACAUAGAAUUCUGAGAAAAUUUGUUCAAAGGAAUGUUAAUGUUUUGCUUGUCUAGCUACUGAAUGAACUUACAAGAAGAUAAUUCACGUCAUAUAAAUACUAUAGUCUUUAAAUACGUGAUAAGACUGAAUAUUUCCUGUUUUCGAGGUCAAUUAGUCAAAUAAAUUAUACAUUAAGAGCUAUUAAACCUAAUAUUGAUUAGAUUUUAUAAAUUGCGGGAUCAGUACCCCUUAACCCUGCGGUCUCUAUAAGUUAUUAUCUUGUUAAAAAACAUUCAAAUGACAACCUGAUCUGCAAUUAGUGACGAUCGAAAUCAGUUUUCACGUGGUUGGAAUCGUAAGUUGUUACUUCAUACAAUCCCACUCAAUUCCAUCUUAUUCCUAAUUAGACUUUAUUUUGUCCGAAAUGAUGUAAAUCAUUUAUUACUUUUGGUCUUUUUUGUUUAACUUUAAAAACAUUAGUAUUUUAAUCGUUUCACUUGAACAAUAGCAUUUAUGAGAAUCAGCAGGACAGAAUUCCAACCAUAUUCAAUUUUCUGCUGCCAAAUAUAUAAAUCAGUUGGAAAUUAACAAGAAUGUAUUAAAACCUCUGUUGUUAUUGGUCAGUGCAUUUAACCAAAUAAAUAAACUAGUGGAUUCGAUACCUCGUAUAUAAUGGUUAAUGAACGGAUACUUUGAUCCUGAUGUCUGAUUAAAUAAAUUUUAUUUAUUUAUAAAUCAAGGUAGAUUCAUCUGUACUAAGAGGAAAAUCAAUGCAUAUGCAGCUUCUUAUCAGUACUUUAUUUUGUACUGCACUCAAUUGCAUAUUACAUAACAUGCAAUAUGUAUGGCAAUUUUCAUGAAAUAUUCAUUCGGUAGGUCUUAUAGACACAGUAGACCUUCAGAUUUUCAGUCUACUUAUGUAAGUCAACCAGUAGAAAUUCAAAAGUUAGCUAUUGUAUGUUUACACAUUGUGCGGAUAAAUAAGUUUUGUUGAAUAUAAAGUUCUUGUAUAUUCUGUUCUUGAAAGAACUGAGCGCUUUUUUCUAGGUCGUAUUUGUUUGUGAUUGGGAACUGAUUAGUUGUAGUUAUAAUUCAUUGCCUAUGGCGCGUCACAAUGAAGUUCAUUAGUAUAAAGGAUAACCAAGUAGUCUGCAAAAUGCAAACCACAGUUUUUUUUGUCACGUAAAUAUAAAUUCAAUGCGUAGUUGCAUUAGGUUUCGUCCAUUCAUCAUCUGAGUAACAUGUGUGCAUGCAGUUAACCGCUUCCGAAGAGCUUAUAAGUUCCCUAAAAUUUCUGUUUUAUACAAAAUAAAAGAUUGGCCCGAAGAGCUAGGCUUUAAAAUCACCAAUUAUAACUCAAAGAAAUAUCCAUUAUAAGACAGCUAAACUAUAAACAUAAAGUGGUAUCUCUUGCCAUACUAAAUGCUGUAGUUUCAAGGCAUAUUCACUUACAAGAUUUUCUUGGUCUUCCUAUCAUAAUUCAGAUUUUAUGUUAUGAUCUUAUGAUGACUUUGUUUUCAGUUGUCUUAUUAAAUAUUUGUCAAUUUUCGGGCUUAGUUAAGUAAUGUUUAUGCUUAAGAUGAAAUAUACAUCUAAUCGGUGCAUUUGUUUUCAUGUUCCACAAAUCUCAUUAAAAUUUUAAUAUUCUUACACUUCAUACAUUCAGUCACGGUUGCACUAACUUACUACUUAAACCAAGUGAAGGAGUGGGUUUAAACCUGUGAAAUACCGAUUGAAGGCUGAAUGGUCUAACUAUACUCAAACACCAUUCCAUUACGAAGCUAAUUCUCAAUAAUGGUAUGUAUUCGAUAAGUCGGGUUCCCAUCAUGUGUAGGCGACCAGUCUCUUAUAUGCUAAAUAAACUUUAAAGACGAAUUAUUUUUUAGCAGAUUCUUGGGGGGCUGCUAAUGUGUCAUGUAUUACUUCUGUAUUCUAGAUAAUAAUCAGUCAAAUACUGUCGGCUCUGCAUCGUCUGUCAAUAAUGAAGAAAAACAGUCAGGUGAUUGUUCAGAUGAUGUAAUGAGUCUGAUUCGUGAUCGCAAAAACUCAUUGGCAGAGGAUUAUAAACGGGAUUGCGAGGCAUUCACUACAGUCGUUCGCAUGCUAAUAAGGUAACUUUUAUUUUUGUUCGUUAUGUGUUCUUUCUCUUACGCUUAAAUCUAAUAUGAAUCUGUGCUUUGGCAAUUUUAGCAUUACAUGGCAAUAUUCUGUCUACGGAUAAGGGCUGAUUUCUUACCCUCAGAGUAUGGAACAGUGAAUUGAUUUAUAAAUAAUGGAUAUUAAUAUGAAUACUUACGUUAGAUGCCAGCCAAUAUGUCUGAGACUUGUACGGUGCCUACCUGUUAACGGGUCAUAUGCUGGUUGUGUAAUUUAUAUAUACACUCAACUACGCCUACGAUUCCAGUUGGCGUUUGCUCUUGUUUAGAAUGUUUUAACUGGUCAGACAACUGUAAAUUGGGUGCUUACUUUCAUCCUCGUUCGUGUUUUAUCGAACCUGGCAAUAAUCUAUAUUUUACCUCGAUUGGCUGAUGAUUUUCACAUUAUUCGUGUUGCUCGUUAUGAUGCUGCAAUUAUUGAAUUGUCGCCAUCCAUUGUCUACUUUAUGCAUUAAUCGUUUUAUUCUAAUGUCAAUGUGUAAAACUACUGUUUUCUGCAAAACAAAGAUCAAGAUCUUGAAGGUCGUCUUAUGCCGAUGCUCAAAGAAAUAUUACAUGAACGAGGUCAACGGUGCAUAGAAGAUUUGCGAACAUUUAUUUCAGAUCAUCAAGUCAAUGAAUCAAACACGAAUGAACUUAAAGAGAAAAAUCAUUCUGAUUAGUUUUAAAUCGACUUCCUUAAAGCUCAUGUAUAUUAAUUUCUCUUGUUCAUUCUCUUACGGCAUUUAGCUAAGUUCACGUAUCACUGUAUGGAAAUCAUUGUUUGUAAUACAAUUAAGUCCGUAACUAUCUGUUUCAUUGAUGAUUUCUAAAAAAAUACAAACGUUUAUGAUUCUCCGAUCACAGUUGCAAUACAGUUGUUUUUCUUGGAAUAAAAUACACCAAAUUUUGGUUUCUUAUGCAAACAACUUGUCUAACAAAAAUGUUUAAUCACAAAUAUCAAUAAAAAAAUUCAAGAAUCACA